AUGUGAAAAAAUAAUAAACCGACGCCAAUGAGAGAAGUUAGAACUGCCUUUGCUUUGGUUAAAUAUGACCUUUAGUUAAUGAGAGAAUCUUACUUCCUCUCUAGCUCGCUCUCACUGACAAAAAACAAAAAUGGGUUUGGUAAUAAAAGCUCUCAAAUAUCUUCUACUCCUCCAAAUCUCCUUGACCUUUAUCUACACCAAUGAAAUCUCAUCAGCUUCUCCGGUGACUCCACCGUCGCCGACGAAGAUGAGUCGGAAACUUGUGGCGGUUCAAGGCAUGGUUUAUUGCAAGUCGUGCAAGUAUUCCGGCAUCGAUACUCUCUUAGGAGCAUCUCCUCUUCAAGGAGCGACCGUAAAGAUGGCAUGCAACAACACAAAGAAAGGUGUGACAAUGGAGACAAAAACAGACAAAAACGGAUACUUCUUCAUGUUAGCUCCGAAGAAACUCACCACCUACGCUUUCCACACGUGCCGAGCUUGGCCCACGAAACCCGGUCCCGCGGGUGCAAAGGGGACAUGCACCGUCCUGUCACAGCUCAACAAUGGAACCACCGGUGCUAUGCUUAAACCUUCUAAAUCAGUCAAAAUCAAUGAACACGACUACGUUCUCUUCUCUGUUGGUCCCUUCGCGUUUGAGCCUACUUGCACUUCUUGAAGAAGACUCAGAAUUCAUCGUUUUAUGUAUUCGUGUGCUUGAUUGUUAUGAUGAUCACUAGCUAGUGUUUUAAAUGUUUUUCUGCCUUGUUUGUUUUUUUUUGGGUAUGUUCUUGUUUGAAACUUAUGUGUGUGGUGUGGACAUUUUAAGAUCGUUAGUGUGUUUGAUUUCAUAUUA